GACAGACACAAUCGAUUCGCAAUGAUUCGACUCGAUUUGAAUCGACUAUUUUGUUAUAAAAUUCAUUUGUCUUGAGGUUUGCUCUUGGUCGCUCGUGUUGUCUUGUUGCGCGAGUUUUGGUUCAUACAAUUUUUGAUUGAAGCAACAUCUAUAGUUCUGGCUGGCAGUGUCGUAUUUUUUAUUUCUAACUCUAUAUUUUGUGAUCCAACUCCACAAACAAAGCAAAGUAUACACGAACACACCCCUUCAUUGCCUUGUGGACUUUUGCUUACAUUUACGUUUAUUUUUAGUGAAUAAGAUUGUGGUUUGUAGUGUCUUAACCAUUAGUAGAAUGCUAAUGUUUUAACUGAUCGUCCAGAAGACCUGAAUUGAGUUCGUAGCCGGCAUUUCUACUUUUACAAAGCGAAAUAAUGAACGACAGUGGCUGUAUACACUUAAAUAAUUUUAAAGCGGCGAAAGGAACAAAUCCUUAUAAAGUUGUUCACGCUUUUUUUGUAUCUUGCACUUCUUUCGAGGCUAGGAGAUACAAGGCUACAUCAUGUCUGUGCUUUGUAUGCAGGCAACCGGGACCUCGCUUACACUCUUGUCUACAUUGCAUUUUCUUCGGCUGUUAUCCAGGACACAUACAGGACCACUGCAAAAAUAAGAAGCACUUCCUUUACAUUGAUUUAGGCUAUGGAAAUAUAUACUGUAUGCAAUGCCAAGAUUAUAUCUAUGAUAGAGAGUUGACUGAAAUUGCUAUGUCCCACCGAAUUCAACAAGCCAAAUCCCUAGGAAUCAGUGUGCCAUUCAUGCCUUGGUUGCCUAACAACAAUGAAGCACAAGCUCUCCGCCGUCUGCGGAAGCGUCGGCUCAUAAGCCCACAGACCACCAUUGGGCUUCGUGGCUUGCAGAACCUGGGCUCGACGUGCUUCAUGAACUGUAUUGUACAGACAUUAAUCCACACUCCAUUGCUUCGAGAUUACUUCCUGGCAGAGAGACACAAGUGCAAAGCACAGGUUUCCCUGAAAUGCCUCGUUUGUGAAGUUUCCAAGCUAUUCCAGGAGUUCUACUCCGGGCUCAAGACGCCUCUGACGUUGCACCGCUUACUGCACUUGAUCUGGACGCACGCGCGCCAUCUCGCGGGCUACGAGCAACAGGAUGCGCAUGAGUUCUUUAUUGCUACCCUCGACGUGUUGCACAGGCAUUGCAUGAACGGCGUCGAGACAGAACCAGAAAAGAAAGAAAACGGUCGUUGCGACUGCAUCAUCGACCAGAUAUUCACCGGCGGCUUGCAGAGCGACGUCGUCUGCACCUCUUGCUCCGGGGUGUCCACGACGAUUGACCCAUUCUGGGACAUCAGUCUCGACGUGGCCGGCCCAGGGUCCCUACAAGCGUGUCUUGAAAGAUUCACUCGUGCAGAACACCUCGGCUCUGGUGCAAAGAUCAAAUGCUCCAACUGCCGCGCUUACCGCGAAUCGACUAAACAAUUGACGCUCGAAACCCUGCCGAUAGUCGCCAGUUUCCAUCUCAAACGCUUCGAGCAUUCGUCGCAAAUCGACAGGAAAAUAUCAGCGUUUGUUUCAUUCCCUGCCGAGUUGGAUAUGACGCCGUUUAUGUCGUCGCAUCGUCGCGCUGUCGAUGUGGGUGCUGCGGAUAAUAACAACGCACCCGAAGGGAUAUUUGAGGACAAUCGCUAUUCUUUAUUCGCGGUGGUGAAUCAUCUGGGGUCGCUGGACGCAGGGCAUUACACGGCGUACGUGAGGCAGAUGAAGGGAAGCUGGUUCAAGUGUGACGACCACAUGAUAACCCGCGCGUCGCUUCGUGAGGUGCUAGAUAGCGAAGGGUAUCUGCUCUUCUACCACAAGACUGUUCUGGAGUACGAGUGUGAAGUAUCUUAAGUUGUUGGAGUAUACAAGGUGGUAACUGUCUCAUACAAUAUUUAGUAUCGAUAUCGUCUAUCAGAUAUUUCGGUUUGCUUUAAGUAGGUAGAAAUAAAAAAAACAUACAUUUGAUCGUUCGAAAUGUAAGAAAAAGUCAUGUUCCCUCGUGAUAUUAGUGCGUAGAAUUUAGGAGUGCGUAGUGAGAAUUUUUGAUUCGAAAUUGAUCUCGUUCACUUUUCGCAGCCAUUGCAGUUUAGCAUUGUGACGUGGCGUUAACGAUUGAACGCAAUGAAAUUUGAUUAUGCUAUUGCUAACACUGGUGUGUUGUCGUUUACACUCAGAUUUUAUACAAGUCGCUUAAAGUUAUCUGACAUAUGAAUACUGCCAUCUAGUGGGAGUAGAUGUACACAUACUAGAUAAAGUAACAGUCUGUCCAGAGCAGCUUUCCUUGUGCGAAAAUAAACGAAAUCUAUUUAGAAUCGAAAACUCGCACUACUUAUUUUGUCUGAGUUUCGCGGGAUUAUUCACGAAUUUGUUAGACUUAAGCUUUAAUGUUAAUAAAUUAGACUUUCAAUAGUAAAUGUUUGAAAUGUUUUACAAUAUUGACAAGGACUUGAAAAUAAUUACAGUUCGCUUUUUUAAACCUCAAAAUUUUGUCUAAGUGCGCACCACGGUUUUUUGCAACAGAUUUUUUUAAAUCGUGCUAUUCUUAAAUACAAAUCUCAGUUAUUUUGUGCGAACGACAUCAGGCGCUUAAAUAUCUAAUAUAUAUCGUGUGUAAUGAUUUACCUUUUCAUGGAGUUUAUUUUAAAUAUUGACAUUCUAAUUUACAAAUCCCGCUUUAUAAUAUUACAAAAAAUUGUAAUGUAAGGGAAAUCUAAUAUCAUAAUUAUUAUUCAAGUGCUGAGAGUGUUCAUUCCUAAAAACGUUUAGUUAUGGAACUACGAAAAGAAAAAUUGAAUGACCAUUGAAUGAUAAAGUUUGUGAUGGGGAAUGCGGAUAUGAUUCUAUAGCUAUUGUCACAUGUCGGCCAUGAGUGUUAAUGGAAGGGAUACACUAGUUAACAUUUGAGUGUGAAAUGUUCCCUAGUGUGACCUCACCUUUACUGUAACAUAUUUCAAUUUCAUAUUAAUAAUUAAUAUACUUCAUGUUAUUAAAAGUUAACGAGCCAAUAACUAGGCCAAAAUGACAUGGCACAUAUGCUAUAUGUUUAGACUCAAACACUAUCAAUAUAAUUGUUUGUUGAUGUCCAUCCUAAAUAGCGUUAAAAUUACAUGUAAAAUACUACUAAGUAAAUUUUGCACGACGUGUUUUUUUUAAAUAUAAUUUUUCUUUCUCAGUUUUCAUUGCUAACCAUCUUUGUCCUCGGCCCGUGCGUUUAGUUUUAUUUAGUUCGCAGAACAAACAUUUCAAUCUACCUCGCUGUUUCUCUCGUUUGCAUUUCUCACAAGCCUAGUAAUGGAUUAAUUCUUAUAGUGUAUAUUGCUUUGAAAUGUACUUUUAGUGUGGUUGGUUAACACUUGAGCUAAAUUUAAAAUUAUUAUUUAAGCAAUUCCAUUUAUUAUUUAAACUUUUCUGGACAAACCCGAAACAUAAAGUUAUGAAAAGUUUAUUUUAAACAUCCCAAAAGUCAAACUGCAGCAUUAAAAAUAUUAUCUCGAUAAUAUUUUUAAUCUUCAUUGAAACCAAGUUUUACAUUUUUUUUUGACGAUGAAUAAGAAACUGGUUAAGAAGCCAUAGUUUGUUUUAUGUGUCAUUCAACUUAUGUUCACUAAUAUUUGCACGGAUAUUCAAAUGAGUAUGUAAGAAAUGAAUCAUUUUGUUUAUUUUUAGCUCACGUGUGUACCGUAUUUAAUAUGUGUUUAAGUAGUUCGUAAACUUACGACUGAACUGAAAUUAGCUUAAUGUGAUAUUUAAUAUUUAUGAAUUGUAUUAAAGUGUAGUUAGUUGUAUGAAUUUACAUUAUCAGGAGUUUUUGUUUCGUUUCUUUGAUGCUUUGGUUUGGUGCAGGCGAGCGGUGAAAUGCUGUAGCGAUCUGUCUGUUUAUUCACAUUGAAUUAUUUAAUAUCGUACCUGAUAAUUAUAUUAUUUUUAGUUCGUAUGUAGGUACGUACGACAUAUUUUAUAUGGCUAUUGACUUCAGUAAAGUUUGAAAAUAUUGUGCUGCAACACAAAAUCUUACGAGCUAUUUGAAUUUCUCUUUACUGAUGAUGCCUUAUGAGAGUCACAUUAUUAUAGAUUGACAAUGCUUUGUAAUAACUAUAGUUUUGUGGACGUUUUGUUACGGCCAAGUGAAGCAGCAAAAUUAAUACGAUGUCUUCUGUCAUAUUUUAUUGGUGUUAAAAUCCCAUGAAUAAAUUAAAAUAAAUUGUAUCCUAUUUGUAUUCACCGCUAGCUGGUAACCAUCGUGUGACAAUUUUAUUUGCAUUUAAUAAAUUUAGUAAUUUCUAUCCGAGCCUAAUCAAAUAUCUGGCUAUUUAGUCCAUGUUAUAUUAUGAUAAAAAUGUGAUAAAAUAUCGCUAUAUUAUGCAAUAUCGUUUUUAUUUGAGACAAUGAUUUAAAUCAAAUAAUUGAAAAUAUUAUGUGUAUACUAUCUCAAAAAAAUAGGUUUAGGAAAUAAAAAUGGAAAUAAAUAAAAAAAAUACUUCGAGUAUGUAAAAUAAACCAUACAGGUGUAUUCAAAUUGUAAAUUAUUCUGUUGAUGUUGUAUUUAAAUUCCGAUAAUCAUGAUAAAUGAUAAUUUAUGUCGUGUAAAGAUGUAUCAAAAUAUAAUUAUCACUAAUAAAGUACGCGGCGCUUGGCGAAUAUGGAUUUAUCUUCAUAAAUGUUACUAUUAAUAUCUAAUUGUUCAAUGUUACUAUGGAAUUAGCAGAUAUAAGAUUUUAAUUCCUUAAUACGAGUACAUUCAGUAAACAUGUACACAAUGCCCAUAUCUGUCAUUCGUCGCAGUGAAAGAUUUAUCAAGGUCGAAUUCGAAAUCAAAAAUUGUUUGUAUCAUAUCAUACUGCGGUUUCCAAUAUUCUCAGUUUCAAUAUCAUACAAAGUCUUGUAUGAAUUAAGAAAUAAAAAAUAUAAUGGUA